UCGUGUUUACACAUGUCUUCGCUUUCACGUGGAGAGGAUUUUUAGUUUUAAAAUGUCUUCCAAGAAAAAUAAAAGCAAAUCCAAAAGAAAUAGUGAGGCGGACAGUUCCCUUGGGCUACAGGAAGAGGUUUCACGUGAUUCUUCAGGUCAAAGCUUGAAAAAUAGCAACGUAUUCACUGUCAUCGACUUCAUUGAAAAAGCCGAUGACAAAACCCCUAAAAGCUGCAGAUCAUGGCUUGCCCAAAUGGGACUCAACUCGAUGAAAGCUGCCAAAGUGUGUAUAGGUCGACCGGUACUAUUGACCAGCUCUGUUGGACAGGACGUGUGUCUGGGCUGGCCUGUUGCGUUGUUCCCUGGUGGAAAGGUGGGGCUGCAGAAGUGUGCUCUUAGUAACCUGAGGGUGAAGCAGGGAGAGCAGGUGACAGUGGAGCCUGUGACCGGACCAGUGCUUCAGGCCACAGAGGUGCUUCUCUCCACCAGGUCAAAGGACGACAAACUUGACACAGAUGAAUUCAAAAACUUUUUUUUACGAUCUUUAGAUGGAAACAUCAUUCUUCCCGGUAAUGUUGUUUCUCUGAGUUUCUUUGGUCGCUCGUGCAGUCUGCAAGUAGAGAGCAUCCGGGGAGAGAAUGGAGUGACCCUGCAGAGACCCGCUCCUCUUCUGGGACAGGACACUGAGACUGACCAAUCCUCUGUAGACCCCCCUAUACUGGACUGCACUUCUGCUGACCUGUCCCUACAAAUGAGUUUGCUCAACGUAGACGACAUUGAACCACACACACCAAGCUCAGGCGGAGACAUCUGCCCCACAGCAAGCACCCCUCGUCGGACUGCACCCCUCCCUUCUCUUUCAUCACCCCUACCUCCUCAUACACCAUCCUACAACUCCCAGAACGCACCUGCAGAUGUACAAGAGAGCCCAUUGAACUUAGACCAAGCUGGAGCGUGUCCUACAGCUCCCCCCGGUGGUGUCUUUAGUACAGACACUUUCUACUGCCUUUCAUGCACCACUAAAGUGAGUUUCAAAGACAGGGCAGCUCAGAGUGAUACAGAAGAACAAUCCAAAAGCACAAGAAUUAGUUAUAGCAUGAUUGGCGGGCUCAGUAACCAAUUAGAUGUUAUCAGGGAGACGAUUGAGCUUCCACUGAAAAAUCCAGAGCUGUUUACAAAUUAUGGUAUCCCACCCCCACGAGGAGUUCUGCUGUAUGGGCCCCCGGGAACGGGGAAAACUAUGAUUGGUCGAGCUAUAGCCAAUGAAGUGGGAGCUUAUAUGACUGUGAUAAACGGACCAGAGAUUAUGAGCAAAUUUUAUGGUGAGACUGAAGCCAGGCUCCGGCAGAUUUUUAGCGAAGCUUCUCAAAGACGGCCGGCUAUAAUCUUCAUUGAUGAACUGGACGCCCUCUGUCCAAAGAGAGAGGGAGCGCAGAAUGAAGUGGAGAAACGCUUGGUGGCAUCUCUUCUCACUUUGAUGGAUGGAAUUGGUUCGGAGGGACACUCAGGUCAGCUGUUGGUUCUCGGAGCCACAAAUCGACCCCAUGCCCUUGACCCUGCUCUUCGUCGACCAGGGCGGUUUGACAAAGAAUUGGAGGUGGGUGUCCCUAGUGCGGUGGAGAGAGCAGACAUUUUGCAGAAGUUGUUGCACAUGGUUCCUCACAGCGCCUCAGUGGAGGAUCUGACCCGACUGGCAGAGAGUGCUCAUGGAUAUGUGGGAGCAGACCUGGCAGCUGUCUGUAAGGAAGCUGGUUUGCAUGCACUAAGGCGAGCGCUGGGAGGAUCCACACUCCUGUCUGACCAGCAGCUGAAGGGGAGAGUCACUGUGACCCUGCAGGACUUGACCUGGGCCAUGUCUGUGGUGAAGCCCAGUGCCAUGAGGGAGGUGGCUAUAGAUGUUCCUAAGGUGAGGUGGUCAGAUAUCGGAGGCAUGGAGGAGGUGAAGUUGAAACUGAAGCAGGCAGUGGAGUGGCCCCUGAGACACCCUGAGGCCUUCACUCGCAUGGGCAUCCAGCCGCCUAAAGGAGUGCUGCUGUAUGGGCCCCCGGGCUGCUCCAAGACUAUGAUCGCCAAGGCUCUGGCCAAUGAGAGCGGACUCAACUUUUUAUCUAUUAAAGGACCUGAACUACUAAGCAAAUAUGUUGGGCAGUCUGAAAGAGCCGUCAGAGAGGUGUUUCGGAAGGCCCGGACCGUCGCUCCCUCCAUAGUCUUUUUUGAUGAGAUCGAUGCGCUGGCCAGCGAGAGAGGAAGCUCGUCGGGGUCAGGCGGCGUGGGCGACCGGGUCCUGGCCCAGCUGCUGACAGAGAUGGACGGACUGGAGCAGCUCCGCGACGUCACGGUGCUGGCCGCCACCAACCGUCCCGACAUGAUGGAUAAGGCUCUGAUGCGGCCAGGGAGGCUUGACCGGAUCGUCUACGUCCCUCUCCCCGAUGCUUCGACACGGCGUGAAAUCUUCACUCUGCAGUUCAGGAGCAUGCCCAUAGCUCCAGACGUGUCCAUAGACGAGCUGGUGUCCAAGACCAACAAGUAUUCUGGAGCUGAGAUAACAGCAGUAUGCAGAGAGGCGGCGUUGCUGGCCCUACAGGAGGACAUCAAAGCCCAGACCGUCCAGGCCAGGCAUUUGGAGCAGGCCCUGAUCACCGUGCAGCCCCGUGUCCCCGACUCCCUCAUUCAAACGUACAUCAGAUAUCAGCAGAGGCACAGCGGAGGUCUGGCCCUCUUCUGACCACACCAUCACAACACACAGUGGUCAUGUAAGGAAGACAGAGGACCUCUGAGCUGUCUCUUACUACUGUGUGUAUGGUGAGUGAAUAGGGUUUAUUUUGAGUAAACACGACUCAGAUGGUAAUAAUAUUUUAGUAUGUAUAAUAUUAUACAUAUUUGAGGUUAGAAAUCACCAUUAUUAUGAAUUCACUGCAUCCUUGAAGUUAACCAUGUUUGGCCUGUAGAUGCUGCGAACAGGAAACAAUACAGCUAGGAUAAUAAAAAUGUACAUUUGGUUUUAGAACAAUGCAGUUUCACCACUGUUGUACAAAAACAGAUUCUCUUAUCUUAGUACAAAAAAGCUUCCAUGAGGUAUAAACCACAUACAAAUUCACUGGGAAAAAACUAUGAAAAACUGUUUUGUAAGACAUGUUUCUGUAUUAAAUAUACUUUCUACACGCUA